CUUUGCCGAAAAUUCAAGGAAGCUGUACAGGGAGUCCAAGACAGCCAAUAUGCAUUUGAACAGUUGACUGAGACUGCCGACGACGACACUCUUGCCAAAUGGGAAGCAGAGGCUGCUGUCGCUCAGGAUGACCGACUUCAUAAUCCCGGUGCCAUGGAUAUAUAUGAAGUUCAAUUGACCAAAGGUACAGGCAAACAGAACAUCCAUGUG